AUGGCCCUACGAGGGAUAUGUUCGCAAAUCUUCAGCAAUCACAGGAUUAAUUUUCUUGGUGUCAAGCAGGCUCUUGAUGAGGUGCAGCAACUUUUAUCUUCGCAGGUUCAUCAAAACAAAGAAGCUCAAAUUAGCGAGGUUGUUAACUCGAGACCGUUGUGCUAUACACCUGACACUGACCUUGCCUACUUGUCUCCUACCCACUUUCUUAUUGUAGGCCCAAUCACAACUGUUCCAGAGGGCGAUCUAACUCAUUUGCCAAUCAAUCGCUUGGACGUUUUGGUCAUAUCUAUCGUUUCUCGCCUCAUGAGUUCAUCAGCCAGUGGGACAAUGAGCCAUAUGGGAAAUAUGGGUGGACUAGCAGCAUGCAGUGUAAGCGAUACAAAACCGCUACAGUUUCCUUUGGCUCAAAGAAGAAAACGGAGAGUUUUGUUUACGCAAGCUCAGGUUUAUGAACUAGAAAGGAGAUUUAAACAGCAGAGGUAUCUCUCAGCACCGGAACGAGAACACUUGGCCAGUCUUAUUCAUUUAACACCAACACAGGUGAAGAUUUGGUUCCAAAAUCACAGAUACAAAUGUAAACGGCAAGCAAAAGAGAAGGCAAUGGCUGAGCAAAAUCAACAUAAUCAGUCUGCGAGCUCACCACGACGCGUUGCCGUUCCUGUACUUGUCAAGGACGGUAAGCCCUGCUCUGGAAAUAAUAAUUCAACUCAAUCACAACCGCAUGGAAAUAGUACCACGUCAGCAGGCAAUAAUACUGGUUCUUCUAAUAGUGUGAAUGCCCAUAGUGGCGGAGUUUCGGUAUCUUCCAAUGUUUCGAGUGGUCUCAACCUUAUAACUGGAGAUACUCCCAACUCUCACUCGCCAGAUACAUCAACUUCUUUACUUGCUAGUUAUGGGACUGUUGGAGGUUCCAACGUUGCUAUGUUACAGCAACCCUGCAAUAACACUUUGAUGUCGAACAGCUUAGCAAUGGCUUAUAGAAAUCAAAACAAUUUUAUUUCUAAUGGACAUCAGCAGCAAUGUGGCGGAUAUUUGCCGUUACAAGGGCGAGCAUGGUAAAAAUAUUUUAAAAGCGUUCGUAUAUUUUAACCAAGUGUACUCUAUUCGGCUAUAAAUGGAAGAAAUAAUUCAAAAAAUUGUAAUGGAAUGUUAUAUCGGAUACCAGUUUCAUUAAAUGAAAAAAACAUAUUGAUAUUAUAACCUAUUUGUAACGUCAAUAGUAAAAAUAUUUAAUAUAUAUAUACAUACGAAAAAUUAAUACUCAUUAAAUAGUUAUGUAUAAGUGUAUAUAAAUAGACCAAUGUAUUAAAUUAAUAGUUCUUAAUAAAAAAUUUGUAAUAAAUUGUGUAAAAUAGCGAGCAGUCAUUACAGCUUGCAUACAUCUUACUAAGCUCUUUGAAUUACCAGCGUGAUCGAUUCGUGUUCCUUCCGUAAGA